AUAAGAGCUGAGCAGAGACUUGUCCGUGCCGGGUAGACCUCACCUAAAAAUUCAUUUGCUUAAGAACUAGAUCAUCCCACCGUUCGGCCUUCAAACCAGAGCCAUGCUUCGGAAAUCAGUCUCCCCUCUCCUCUCUCAGGGCAUCCGCCAAGCUAUCCCCUUCCUCUCUUCACGCGCAGGAGUCUCUCUCUCCUUCUCAUCUUCUUCUCAUAUCCUAAACCCUUCUGCUCCUCCAGCAGGCCAAACCAAUGAACACAAUCCAGAUUCCCCUCCCACCGCUACAAUCUCGAUUGAUCGAUCCGGCCUGUAUAAUCCCUCAGAUCAUUUCCACAAACCUUCUGCUGAUUCGGAACUUGUAAAGCAUCUGAAGAGCAUCAUAAAGUUCCGUGGAGGCCCGAUUUCGAUUGCCGAGUACAUGGAGGAAGUCUUAACCAAUCCUAACUGUGGAUUUUACAUAAAUAAAGAUGUUUUUGGAGCUGGUGGUGAUUUCGUAACCUCUCCUGAAGUGAGCCAGAUGUUUGGAGAGAUGGUUGGUGUGUGGACCGUGUGUCUGUGGGAGCAGCUUGGACGACCUGCAAAAGUAAAUCUAGUUGAGCUUGGUCCAGGGCGAGGGACACUCAUGGCCGAUCUUCUCCGUGGCUCUUCAAAAUUUGUAGACUUCUCAAAAUCACUUGAUAUACACUUGGUAGAGUGCAGCCCAACCUUGCAGAAGCUUCAAUAUAACACCUUGAAAUGCAUUGAUGAAGCAAUAUCUGGAGAUAAUACUGCUAAAAGAAUCACAACUACAUUGACUGGAGCUCCUAUUCUCUGGCAUGCUGAUCUAGAGGAGGUUCCAUCAGGAUUGCCGACCAUUAUCAUUGCACAUGAAUUCUAUGAUGCUCUGCCGAUCCAUCAAUUUCAGAGAACUUCUAGUGGAUGGACCGAAAAAGUGGUAGACUUGUCAGAUGAUUCAUGCAGUUUCCGCUUUGUUUUAUCACCGCAACCGACUCCGGCAUCUCUGCUGUUUCUGAGAAAACGUUGCCAAUGGGCUGACAAAGAAGAAAUUGCUAAGCUUGAACAAAUUGAAGUGUGUCCUAAAGCUAUUGAGGUGACUCAACAAAUUGCGAAGAGAAUAAGCGCUGAUGGUGGUGGAGCUCUCAUCAUAGACUAUGGCAAAAAUGAAAUUAUUUCAGACAGUCUGCAGGCCAUUCGAAAACAUAAAUUCGUUAACAUUCUCGACGAUCCUGGGUCGGCUGAUCUCAGCGCAUACGUCGAUUUCACCGCCAUUCGACGCUCUGCCGAAGAGGCUUCAGCAGAAAUUAUAUCAGUUUAUGGUCCAAUCACCCAGUCCCAGCUUUUGGGGUCUCUUGGGAUAAACUUUAGGGUUGAGGCCCUAUUACAGAACUGCACUGAAGAGCAGGCGGAGCCCCUAAGAGCAGGCUACUGGAGGCUGGUCGGAGAUGGCGAAGCUCCAUUCUGGGAGGGGACUGAGGAGCAGAAACCUAUUGGUGUUGGCUUGAGAUAUUUGGCCAUGGCUAUUGUGAACAAGAACCAAGACAUGGGCUUGGAGGAGAAGGCUGAAGGAGCACCAAGCUCAUGAGGGUUCCAGAGCUCUACCGUCGGAUCACAACCGCCUUGCCAUCAUCACCGUCAUACCGCCGCCACCGAGAAACCAGUGCUGCUCGACCUCCACCGUUGUUGCCACCAAGCCAUCAACAUCAGGCAGCUGCCGCCACAAUAUCACUUUUGCCCGGACACCACUGUCAUUGUCGUCGGACCACCACCGUCAUGCCACUAGACUAACGCCAUCUAGCUAUUGCCCGCGGUCGCUGGACCACUACGACUCAAUCAACAUAAUCGUCUUCGGCAAACCAUCUCAGUCUAGCCAUCGCCACAACCAAAUCACCACUUCCCCAACAUGUUGAUAACCCUCACUUAUGUAAUAUUGCUUUCGGCUAGUCAAUGAUCAGUACAAUCUUGUAACAUACAUCAAUAUAAUGAAAUCAUUUGAA